GAACAUUCUGCUACGGAGAAGACUACACGUUAGCUUUGGUAGAAAACAUUUGGUCGCUAUUCUUUCGGAUUGAAAUUCUCUCGCUCAUCGACUGUUUGCCUAUUGAAUCACAGAUAAAAGGACUAUGAACUGUGACAAUCUUGUUCUUCUGGUAACGGCGGCAUUUAGUAUCCUGGUGGUCGAUUUGGCUGUAGCCAAGGACUAUUAUAAAAUAUUAGGGGUUCCUAGAGAUGCGAACGACAGACAGAUCAAGAAAGCAUUCAGGAAGCUUGCUGUAAAAUAUCAUCCCGAUAAAAAUAAAGCUAAAGAUGCUGAAGCAAAAUUUAGAGAGGUUGCUGAAGCAUAUGAGGUACUAUCAGACGAGAAGAAAAGGCGGCAGUAUGACCAGUUUGGAUCAGAAGGGAUGAAUAAUGAUGGCUUCAACUUCCAUCAAGGAUUUCAGAGCUUUGAUGAUUUGUUUAAAGACUUUGACUUUGGUUUUGGAAAUGGACACAAUCAUAGGGGAGGAAGCGGAGGUUUUAAGUUUUCAUUUGGAGGAGGGUUUGAUGAUUUCUUUGAUGAGGAUGAUGAUGAAGAUGACGAGGAAGAUGACUUUUUCGGAGGAGGAUUUAAGUUUGGUGGCUUUGGAGAUUCAUUCUUUAGUGAUGACAGCUUUCAUACUGGUAGACAUAGAGAUGACUUUUACUCUGAAGAUAAUGGGGAUAGAUUCCACAGAAAUGUCAGACAUUCAGAGUUUAAACAGACACAAUCAAGAGGUAGAAGUUGCAGAACUGUCACAAGGAAAGUGGGAAACAUGGUUACAACUUUUACAGAUUGUUCAUAGGGAUGGUAUCGACUAUUUUGUAGAUUAUAAUUUUCUUGGGACAGGGAAUUGACAAGUGUAGUAGGGAAACUUAUCAUAAUCAAACUGGAUUAAGUAGUGCCACAGGUAGCUGAAGUAACUGAUACACUGCUGUUAACUACAGCUUGUAGGAAAUUACAUGGAACAAUCUAGCUUUUACAGAAAGGUUAUUUAAUUAUGUUCAGCGAUGUUUUCAGUUAAUUCACAAUGCUAACAGAGGGAACAUUGUUGAGUUAAGUGAAUCUGAACAGAACAAGAUUAAUUUACUCAUAGUUUAAGCGAUGGGUUCAAAUGUAGGCAAAACUUGAAUGGUAGCUCAAGUUGACAGUCCCCUAGUACGUGUGGUGGGCAAAGGGAAUGGGGUGAGCAAAACAUUUGUGGCAAUAGGGCAGAAAGUUACUAAUGAAAAUUGUCUAUUCUAAGGCAGAAGGAUUAAUAUAUUUUUGUGAAGAAUUAUCGAGUGUUUUAUUUGUUUGAAGGUUCUCUCAACUACCUGUGGCACUGAGGGUGGUAUGAUAUUUUUUCUUCAAUCAGAAUGACUUAUAUACUGAAAAAAAAUCUCUUUUUGUUCUUUGUUUGUACCAGAAGGAAUUUUUUGAAAGAUUUCUACAAUAUUUAAAGUGAAAUAGUAGUGAAGGAUUCACUGUUUGCCAUUAAAUGCGGUUAACUCUGAAAUUUAGUGAUAUGUGUAUGAUUAAGGUACACAAGAAUUACUUAUUUAGCAAGUCACUGUAAAGUAAUAUAGAAUUUGUCUGUACAUAUUUGUACAUGGAAUAAAAUCACAAUUUCUUAAAAAUUUA